AUUUAACAAAAAACUAACUUUGCCGCUCUAAAAUUUGCUCCCAAAUUUUUUUUUGGUCCAAAUUCUUAGAAGUAGAGAGCCAUAAUCGAAGAAGACGAAGUUUCAGUAGCAUAAUUACUUGUUGUUGUUGACCAGCAUACUACACUCUAAAUCUAGACUGUAAAACAAGAAUAAAGAAUUCAUUGGGAUUUAGGUUAGAAACAGAGGGGAGAACAGCCGCUUGUAUGAACAACAAAAGAGGGAGCAGCGUACACUCCUUUUCUCUGUUGAUCUAUAAGAAGCUUCAUGGCUUCAAGUAGACCGCGCGGCGGCAGUUUUUCCAGAAACAUAUCUAGUGCAGCUACAGCGCAGAUUCCUGGAGUUAAGCUUGGUCCAAAUGGCACAUCAUUUCUUUCAUCAGGCAUACCAGAUCUUGACCAGAUUUUGGGUGGUGGCUUUACUUUGGGAAGCCUAGUCAUGGUUAUGGAAGACCCUGAGGCUCCUCAUCAUAUGCUUUUACUGAGAAAUUUCAUGUCUCAGGGUCUGAUUCACAAGCAACCCCUACUUUAUGCCAGCCCAGAAAGAGAUCCACGAGGCUUUCUUGGAACUUUGCCUAGUCCAAUGGCUUCUAAGGAGGAGAAAUCUAAUGAACGACCUUCAGAACAGGAUGCGAAUUUAAGAAUCGCUUGGCAAUAUAAGAAGUACUUUGGGGAACAAAAUUCAGAGGUCCAAAGAGGUGGGAAAGCUGAAUAUUGCAACGACUUUGACUUACGAAAGCCCCUAGAAAGGCACUUCUAUAGUGGACAGCGGGUUGAUUGCAUUAGUCUUCGAGAUUCUCCGAAUCUAGUGCCUCUACUUGAACGAUGCUCAACCUUUUCAGCUCAAAUAUCAAAAUCUGAUGGCAACAUCACAUGUGCCGGUCGUAUUGCCAUUCAGUCGCUAUGUUCACCUCAGUGCGACUUCUUUGACAAGGAUUGGGAGAUGCUCUCUUUUAUAAGAUCCUUGAAAGGCAUGGUUCGAUCUUCAGGUGCAGUUGCGGUCAUAUCCUUUCCACCCUCACUUGUCUCGCCAGCCUUUUUAAAGAGGUGGCAGCAUCUGGCAGAUACCUUGAUAUCUGUCAAAGCAAUUCCUGAUGAGGACAAAGAAUUGGCGAAACUCCUAACUGGUUACCAAGACAUGCUGGGCCUUCUGAGUGUACACAAAGUAGCUCGCAUAAAUACACAGGUCCCUGCAAUUUUGGAAGCAACAACAUUCUCAAUGAAGCUGCGAAAGCGAAGAUCAUUGGUUUUAGAAUGCCUUAAUCAAGCCCCAGUUGAUGGCUCAAGUGGUAGUUCAUAUGGUACUUCUGGUACUUGUUCUGGAAGUUCUAAGACCGGGAACCUCGACUUCUAGUUAACAUUAUGCGUGUGACACCAAUUUCUCUCAACCUAUGCCAAGUUCUAAGAUCGGGAACCAAAUGCUGGAUUUGCUGAUCUAUGUCAGAUUGCAAGGUUUAGUAUUACUGUCCGUUGCGAGGUCUUGUGAAAGCUGGAUCUAGCAAACAUUCUUAUGUUUCUGUCACAUAUUCUGAACUUCGUCAAUGAAAGCUGUUCAAGAAGAGGAUUGCCAGGACGCGUAUUUUUUCUCACUGUAUUAUAGAUUCAUAGUGCUUUACAGUAGCAAGAAUUAGUUUACAAGUAUGACAUCGAUUCAUAGCAGGAGCUUUAAUUCACCGGGCUGCCCUUUUUUUCUUUUGUUUUCUAUUGUGUUGAAGGAUAUGCAUUACAGUAACUUAUCUGUGUUGAUAACUCCCACUGUAAGAAGCCUUUCAUUAAUUGAUCGUUGUGUCUAGAUUAAUUCUUUC